AUGAAGAAAAUAUGGCCGAAUACGGAAAACAAUCCGAGAUUUAGGCUUCUUUUACAGAAACCCACCAAACCAUCAAACCAUCAAUCCCAAGAUGCUUCCGAGAUAUCCGAACUUGAUGCUCAUCAAGCCAGUCUAAGCCCGCAAAGAUCCACAUCCCUUAGGGCACGUAAGGAACGGGAUUUCGUGUGCACGUGUGUCUACAAAUUGAAAACCAACCUUAUCGGUACAAAUCAUGUCAGUAGAGCAUCUAGAGUAACUCUCGGGGACGUGUGGUCUUGGCAUUCUAUGACAGACCAAUCGGAGUCGCCUACGGAGGCACGCUUCUUUUUCAUGUAUCACGACUUUGCGCCAGCGGCCGGUGGAACCCUAUAA